UAAGGGGAGGGCACACAGAGAGAGAGAGGGAGAGCGGGCGAGAAACCCCAGUGCCCAUACGGAUGGGGCAGUGUUUAUUUUGACGAGGCAGACUGGAUUUCACUACGGGUUAGCGGCUGCAGUUUAGAACAAGGCACUCCCCCUCUGGACUCUGCAUGUGAGUGUGUAUUCUCUCUCCCUCCCUCUCCCUCCCUCUCUCCCUCUCUCUCUGUCUCUCUCUCUCUGUGUGUGUGUGUGUGUGUGUGUAUAUAUAUAUAUAUAUGAGGGAGAAGUGCUUCAUUGCAGCAGGACUCUGCCUUGUACACAGUAGCCAGAAAACCUACCAUAUAUUUUUCUGUGUGGACUUCCCCACUUCUUCCUCUGUGUGGAUGCGCUCGAUGCGGCUCAAGGUGACUCAGGAUUCCCGAGCCAGCCCCAGGGAGCAUCCGAACUGGAUCCCUAGACCUCCAGGGCCAAGUGGGCUGAAGCUUCCUCUCUACCUCCAUCUGGAAGUGGAGUUGGACUGCGGAGAGGACCGUAGGAUAGUCGGGAGGAUGUGAGGCCUUGACAGCAGCUGUUAUCCACCACCAGGCCUACUAGGUCAGUCCAGCCCUGUGGGGGGCAAGGGAAUGGGCCCAGUUUCACUGCAGGUGGAGACUGAACAGGAGCAGAAGCCAGAGAGCGAAAUGGAUUGCUACCAUAGUCUUCUGCAGGCUGGCUCUCAGCUGGAGAACACACUGCAGCAAGUAUCAGUCUCUAUGAGUAUGAAGGAGGUGGACGGCUACAUUGAGAAGCAGGUGGCCUACCUGUCAGGGGGGCGUGGUGAGGACUCUAGCGUGAUCGUGACCCUCCCAGAAUACUCGGCUUUCAGCGACAUUCCGGAGGAAUCUUUAGCCAAAGUCUUAACAUACCUCACCCUCAUACCUCGAGCAAGACAGCCAGGUGUAAAAUUCAUCAUCAUUUUAGACAGAAGACUGGAUACAUGGACCUCUAUCAAAACAGCACUUGCCCGAAUUGCGGCCUCCUUCCCUGGGAACCUCCACCUGGUGCUGGUGCUGAGACCCACCAGCUUCUUCCAGCGCACCGUCACAGACCUGGGCUUCCGUUUCAGCCAGGAGGACUUCAUGCUCAAGAUGCCAGUGGUGAUGCUGAGCUCUGUGACAGACCUACUGAGAUACGUUGAUGAGAACCAACUGACCUCCGAGUUUGGUGGAACCCUGGACUACUGCCACAGUGACUGGAUCGUUCUAAGAACAGCCAUAGAGAGCUUUGCGGUGACAGUUAAGGACAUAGCUCAGAUGCUGCAGGCGUUUGGCACAGAGCUGGCUGAGACCAAACUGCCAGCUGAGGGCACCGCCAUCAUGCGCCUUCUCUCAACCCACACUGACAAGUACAGGAAACUCAAGGAAGCGAUACGGUCAGUAUCAAAGGAGGGUCGUCACCUGCUGGCUAGCCUGGAGGCCUCGGGGAGAGAGGAGGAUUCACUUUGGGAUGUCAGGCUGGACUGGGAGACUGUGCAGAGGCUACUAGCUCAGCUGAGGGGCAUGGAGUCAGCCUUUGACGGCUUCUUUGAGAAGCAUCAUCUAAAACUGCAACAGUACUUACAGCUGCUCAGAUACGAACAUCGCUUCCAGGAGAUGGAGUUGUCUCUGGAGCAUCUGGCGUCCCAGGAGAGAGAGAUGUCGUCGUCAGGGGAGAAGCUGACUCAGACAGAGCAGACACUCAGAGACCUGGACAUCCUGGAGGCUCACGCACAGGAGGAGAUGGUCAGUGCCCAGAUCAUCAUCCUCCAUGGGCACCAGCUGGCAGCCAGUCACCACUAUGCCAUGGCCCUGAUCUUGCAGCGCAGCAACGAGCUGCGUCACCGCUGUGACACGCUCAAUAAUGCUCUGAGGGUGAAACGCACACACCUCUCCCAGGCCCACCGGCUGCUGCUACGCCUCGGCCAGGCCCAGAGUUGGUGUGACGAUGGGGCCUACCUGUUGGCUCAGCAGCUGGUGGAUAAGUUCCAGUCUAAGGACGGGGCCCAGGCUGCAUUGAAGGACAUGGAUAGAUUCCUGGAGCGGGCUCCGUCUCUCCUCAGCUCAGGACCUGACCUCCUGGCUGUGGAGUUUGAGUCUGUCCUCACCCCAGAGAUACAGGUCCAGAUAGGGGAAACAUUUGAGAAGCACACGGUGGUGCAGGAGAUGAUCCACAACAGGCAGGUCUGUCUGAGGAAGCUGGCUGAUAAACACGUCCCUCCCAUCCAACUAGUGGCCCCCAGGGCGGAGAGCCCGCCCCGCUCCAAGUCCCCACUCUUUUCCCCCAAACAUGGUGUCGACGGUUUGAAGUUCUCCUUCGAUCUGUCACUCCCUGGGAAGAGGACGUCCCGGAAAAGCCCCGCCUCCAGAAAGAUCGAGGUGAUGCAUGACUACCAGGAGAAUAGGAGCUCCCUGCUCUCCAGCCUGGAAGGAGAGGACAGCCCAGACCUUCUCAAACGUCACGUGAUGAGGGAGCUGAUUGAGACAGAGAGGGUCUAUGUGGAGGAGCUGCUGUCAGUGCUGCUGGGUUACAGGGGAGAGAUGGAGAACCCGGCCCUUGCGGGGCUCUUGCCCCCCAUCCUGCGCAGUAAGAGGAACGUCCUGUUUGGCAACAUGCCUGAGAUCUACAACUUCCACAGCAGGGUGUUCCUCCAUGACCUGGAGGGCUGCCUAGAGACCCCAGAGGGAGUAGGGGCCUGUUUUCUGGAGCGGAAGGAGAAUUUCAAGGUGUACGAGUGCUACUGUCAGAAUAAGCCUCGCUCAGAGUCACUAUGGAGGCAGUACUCGGACUGUGCCUUUUUCCAGGAGUGUCAGAAGAAGCUGGAGCACAAACUGGGUCUGGACUCUUACCUGCUGAAACCAGUACAACGCCUCACCAAGUACCAGCUACUACUGAAGGAGCUACUGAAGUACAGUGCAGGAGACUGUGAGGGGACCUCCGAACUACAGGCGGCGCUAGCAGCCAUGCUCCACCUCCUCAAGUCAGUCAAUGACUCUAUGCAUCAGAUAGCCAUCACAGGCUACCAGGGAGAGUUGUGUGACCUGGGCCGGGUGCUGAUGCAGGGCUCCUUCAGUGUGUGGAUCAGCCAUAAGAAAGGCCCCACCCGUAUGAAGGAGCUGGCCCGCUUCAAGCCCACGCAGAGACACCUGUUCCUGUAUGAGAGAGCCCUGCUUUUCUGCAAGUGCAGGGAGGAGCAUGAAAAGGGAGCAGACAAGACUGCCUCCUACAGCUUCAAGCACUGUCUGAAGAUGAGUGCGGUGGGGAUUACAGAGAACGUCAAGGGAGAUGUGAAGAAGUUUGAGAUCUGGUACAGUGGCAGGGAGGAGGUGUACGCCGUUCAGGCUCCCACAGUGGAGGUUAAGACAGCUUGGCUCGGGGAGCUGCGGAGGAUCCUCACCAACCAGCAGACACUCCUCAAAGAUGAGCGUUGUGUCGACAUCCAGAUGCCAGACCACAUCCGACGUUCUCCGCCCAUGUCUGAGAGACCUUCCAUCUCAGACAUGCUACCCAAAAUGACUACACCCAUCUUUGCAUGGGAUUUGCAAUUUUGCAUGGAAUGCCCCAAAAACAAAGCAAACAGCAGAGGGCGUCGUUCAGCUCAGAGGACACAGUCAGGGAGGAGCAGUCCAGACCCACAGUCCCUCUCCCCAAAUCACCAGCGCAACCGACACAGCGGGCCCGGCACGCCUCACACAAUGGACAUCUGUCUGGGUCUGGAGGAGUGGGGUGGAGGUCAAGACCCCUCUCACCAGUCAGACGAGGAGGAGGACACUGCUCAGCUGGCUCCAGGCAGAUAUAAGGCCUCGGCUGAAUGUCCACGCGACGGCCCAGAUGACCUCGCCAUCGAGAGCGGUGACGUCAUCCAGCUGCAGCACGAGGACAGCGAAGGUCACUGGCUGGUGAAGAACCUGAGUCGCAGGCAGAAGAGCCUCAUCCUACUCCCCAACCUGCACGUGGUUCUGGGACACAGCAGACGAGGAGAUCCAGGGAAUCUGAAGGCCAGAAAGCUCAGCUCCCCUUAGAGGACAAACGCUGCCUUCAAGUGCUUGUGGGAACUGGGAAACUUUACAGUAUGAAGUCGUAACUCUGGAACAAUUCUUCAACCAAUGGCAAGCUAGAUGAUCUAUCUAAUGAUCCAGUUAGCUACUGUGAUUAAAGUUGACAAUAUUGUAAAACUAGCUACAUUAUACACAUUGAUACAUUUGACAAUGUCAAAAAUGGAUUCGCUUUAACAUCUUUUGGUUGAAAAGGUGAAAGGUCAGUGAUGAAAAGUCACAACUUGGAAACUCUGUUAUCAAACCCUAUCUCUGACUUUCCCACUUGGAAUUCCGACUUGGGAGGGUCAUUCAAGUGGUAAUUUCCCAGUCGGGUAUUUCCCACUUCAGAGGAGCAUGUGAAGGCAGCAAUAGAACAGCUUUUGUGGGACCUUUGCACAGAUUCACAGUCUGACCAGACAGACUGUUAUACGUUAGACACUGUGAGGUCAUGACUGAUGAAAUAUCUUAAAAUCUGCUUUCUCAAAGUGCUCUGAUUGGCCAUGAUGAGAGAUGACUAUCCAAUUGAAGAAGGACACAGGAGCUUACAUUAUGGAUUAUUGAUUAACAUUUUUCUGGGCCAAUAACAUGAAGACCUGCUUUUUCCCACCCGUGAUGGACAAAGUGGACAAACUUAAUGAAUGUUACCUUAACGUUGGACAGCACAGGGCUCCACCAGCACACAUGCACAAGGUUUUAAGGAAGGACAAGGGACAUGUGAAAAGUUUUGGCACUUAAAGUUAAUUCCCUCACUUUCUCUUCGAACCAGCCAAUGGCCUUUUCUGUUGGGUUGCUGUAGCUGGAUUGGGACUGUUAUAAAUCCAUGGACUCUACCUCUCGACUGAGGGAUUCUUAACCAUUAUUGCUAUUCAUUGGGAAUGCAGUUGGUGGGUGUUUUGUGUGUGUGUGUUUUUAUGGAUUAUUACAAUCCAGGUUUCGCCUGAAACAUUUCUUUAAAAUAUACUUAUUUAAAAAAAAAAUGUUGAUGUGUAUACUUGAAUGUUGACCUGUUUGGUUCCAUGUUAAUUUAUUCUACAUGCUCAUGUUGUUUAGGAAACCAUGCUGUCUUGUUCCUUAAGGCACCCUUCUCUUACGCUCUCCAAGAGUUGAAAUGCCAGAACGUGCCCGUGCCAUAAUGCCUUUUUAUUCCUGCUAUUUUGGAAUCGGUCUCCUCUUCAAUAAAUGUUUGCUCAAGCAAUAACAAAACACAGUCUUGCUUCUACCUCACCUCAGACCUAUACACAACUGGCACUUUAUUGGGGUGGAAGGUCUACAGGAGAAAAUGCAUGCUGAAUGAAAACCGGACGCUUUAAUAUAUUUUCGAAGGCGCUAUAGAAAUCGAGCUAUCGGUAAACGCAAUACCUGCUUCAUAUUUUCCUGCUUCAUUUCCCAUUUUAUUUCCUGAACUCAUUGUUUGUCAGUGGGGAUGAGAUAGCUGUUGAGAUCACGGUGAUUGAUAUAAGUGUAUUAAUCAGGUCUUCAGAUGUCUCUUUGGAGGUAUGGGGAGGAGCUGCUACCAGCAUGGAUCCAGCAAACAGAGACUGCUGUAAUUCUCCCCAGGAUUUCAUGCUCUCUGUCUCCCUCAGCCCUCUUUGAGAGAGUUCCUCUCCUCCUCCAUCGCCUCACACUUAGUCUUAGGUUUCCCAUUAAACAGGAUCAUACGGCAAACAUGAAAUAUACCCACUGUGUCGAACGCUUAAUUAAAUAUUGAUUGCGGACUUAUAUGAAUUUACCACGUGAAGUCGGAGGCCUGCCUUUGAUGUGCUGCGUUUUGAUGUGGAAAUUAGCUUGGAAAGCAGCACGUUUCUUGUGUUGUUUAUUUUAAGUUCUGUAGCUGUGUGAGGCAGCUAUGCAUCACCGUGAAAUGAUGUCUAUAUACACAGAGUCCUGUUCGACUACCAUGCGUUGCGUCAAGGGGGUUCUUUCAUCUUAAUAUGGCAAAAUGUAACUUUUUCUUUUGAGCUACUUCGGUCUAAAAUGCAACACAACGUUGCAACAUAACGCCGCCAACGUUAGAGAAUUUGUCAGUACGUCCAACUGGCCUCUCAACCACAGAUCACUUGAAUUGGGACUUGUGAGAGAGCAGUUUGUUCAUAACAUUGACAUCAGCAGAGUGCCACAUGGUGUCAGUGGAGUUAUAGUAUGGGCAGCAUAACAUACGGACCACAAACACAAUUGCAUUGUAUCGAUGGCAAUUUGAAUGCCCAGAAAUACCGCAAUGAGAUCCUGAGGCCCAUUUUUUUAUGUAUCUGUGACCAACGGAUGCAUAUCUGUAUUCCCAGUCAUGUGAAAUCCAUUGAUUAGGCCCUAAUAAAUAUAUUAAAAUUGACAGAUUUCCUUAUGAACUGUGACUCAAAACCUUGAAAUUGUUACGUGUUGAAUGUAUUUUUGUUCGGUAUAUGCUUGAAAAUGCUGUGCGUCUUUGGCGAGCGCUGUAAGCUUGUUGCUGAAUGUUUCUCAAUAGAGAAAUUGCAUGGCAAACUGAAUAUUGACUGAACACGGCAGGUUUCAGGUUAUUGUUUUAGUCAUGUUAUUGUUUGGCUGCAUUUGAGUAUAUAGACCAAAUAAAGUAUUUAUUA